AUGGAUUCGUGUUUCGCUCCGUUGCUAGGAGACAAUGCGUUCUGCUACAUUGACGACAUCGUCAUUUGUGGGAAAGACUUCGAGGGCGUGAUACAGCGAGUGAAGCUCUUCCUGGAACAGUGUAGAAAGACGGGAUUCUACCUACGCCUGGACAAGAGCGAAUGGUUCAAGAAUGAGGUAAAGUACCUAGGGCACGUCGUCGGACAGCACGGCAUAAAAGUCCAGGAAAAGAAGUCGAAGGCAAUCGCCAACGCACCAGCGCCGACGAGCAAGAAGGAGCUACAGAGCUUCCUGGGGAUGUGCGGCUACCUGAGACCCUUCAUCCCGAAAUUCUCGCACAUGACAGCACCGCUAUUCGAUCUGCUGAAGAAGGACUCCGCCUUUCGUUGGCAGGAAACGCAUGAAGACGCCUAUAACCAGCUGCGACGGGCGGUCCAACAGACGGUCACGCUGUACGCACCCACCCCCAGUGGAGAGUACGUAAUCGAGACAGACGCCUCCGAGCUGGGAGUAGGAGCCGUCCUGAAGCAGGUACAAGAAGGCACGGAAGUACCGAUUGAGUUUGCCAGUAAGAAGUUCAAUCCAACCGAGUCGCGCUGGGAUACGAGAGAACGAGAGUUGUUUGCGGUCAAGUGGGCCGUGGAGAAAUGGCGAGACUACGUCGGCCUCGCUCACUUCACUGUCAGGACGGACCACAACAAUCUGCGCUACCUCACAAGCGUCGACAAGGGCAAGGUCUUCCGAUGGGCACUCGCGCUGAGCAACUACGACUUCACUAUCGAGUUCAUAUCCGGCGAAACAAUAACAUAG